GUGACCGCGGGCCGGGGCCGAGAGGGAGCGAAUCCCGUGCGGGCGGCGCGGCGGGGAGACGGCUCGCGGGGUAGGCGAAGUUUGCUGGAACAUGGCGGAGGAGCCCGGGGCGCGCAGGAGCGCAGCGCGGCGGCGGCCGGGGCCCCAGGAGCUGUAGCCGCCGCAGCUGCAGCCGCCACCGCCGGCGCCGCCGCCGCAGUCGCGGCGGGGCGAGGUCGCCGCCAUGGCCCGCUGGAUCCCGACCAAGAGGCAGAAGUACGGGGUUGCUAUCUAUAACUACAAUGCUUCUCAAGAUGUGGAGCUCUCCUUGCAGAUUGGAGACACGGUUCACAUCCUGGAGAUGUAUGAGGGUUGGUACAGAGGAUAUACCCUCCAAAAUAAAUCUAAAAAGGGGAUUUUCCCUGAAACGUACAUCCAUUUGAAGGAGGCAACCGUGGAAGACCGAGGGCAGCACGAGACCGUGAUUCCUGGGGAGCUCCCGCUGGUGCAGGAGCUCACGUCGACGCUUCGAGAAUGGGCUGUCAUCUGGCGCAAACUCUAUGUGAACAACAAGGCCAUACUCUUCCACCAGCUGCAGCAGAUGACGUACAGCUUGAUCGAGUGGCGGUCCCAGAUCCUGUCUGGAACCCUCCCCAAGGACGAACUGGCAGAGCUCAAGAAAAAGGUCACAGCCAAAAUUGAUCAUGGGAACAGAAUGCUUGGGUUAGAUCUGGUCGUGAGAGAUGACAACGGGAAUAUUUUGGACCCAGAUGAAACCAGCACCAUUGCCCUUUUCAAGGCCCAUGAAAUGGCCUCAAAAAGGAUUGAGGAAAAGAUCCAGGAAGAAAAGUCAGUUCUUCAGAACCUGGACUUGCGGGGCCAGUCUGUCUUCAGUGCUGUCCACACCUACGGCCUCUAUGUGAACUUCAAGAACUUUGUCUGCAACAUUGGGGAAGACGCCGAGUUGUUCAUGGCCCUCUAUGACCCGGACCAGUCGACCUUCAUCAGUGAGAAUUACCUAAUUCGUUGGGGCAGUAAUGGGAUGCCCAAGGAAAUAGAGAAGCUUAAUAACCUUCAAGCAGUUUUUACUGACCUCAGUAGCACAGACCUCAUCCGGCCCCGCAUCAGCCUUGUGUGCCAGAUUGUCCGGGUGGGCCACAUGGAGCUGAAGGAGGGCAAAAAGCACACGUGUGGACUCCGAAGACCAUUUGGAGUAGCAGUGAUGGAUAUUACUGAUAUCAUCCAUGGGAAGGUGGAUGAUGAAGAAAAGCAGCAUUUUAUUCCCUUUCAGCAAAUUGCAAUGGAAACCUAUAUCCGACAGAGACAGCUAAUCAUGUCGCCCCUGAUAACAUCCCAUGUGAUUGGGGAGAAUGAGCCACUCACUUCAGUCUUGAAUAAAGUGAUAGCAGCGAAGGAAGUGAAUCACAAAGGACAAGGACUUUGGGUAUCUUUGAAGCUUUUGCCAGGUGACCUCUCACAGGUUCAGAAGAAUUUUUCACACCUGGUGGAUAGAUCAACUGCAAUCGCCCGAAAAAUGGGCUUUCCUGAAAUAAUACUUCCAGGGGAUGUGCGGAAUGAUAUUUAUGUCACCCUGAUCCACGGGGAGUUUGACAAAGGGAAAAAGAAGACGCCAAAGAACGUGGAGGUGACCAUGUCUGUGUAUGAUGAGGAGGGCAAGCUCUUGGAGAAAGCAAUUCAUCCUGGUGCCGGAUAUGAAGGCAUUUCAGAGUACAAAUCAGUAGUCUAUUACCAAGUCAAGCAGCCCUGUUGGUAUGAGACUGUCAAGGUAUCCAUUGCUAUAGAGGAGGUUACUCGCUGCCAUAUAAGAUUUACCUUCCGACACAGGUCAUCUCAGGAAUCCAGGGAUAAAUCGGAACGAGCCUUUGGCGUGGCCUUCGUGAAACUGAUGAACCCGGAUGGUACCACUCUGCAGGAUGGGAGGCAUGAUCUGGUGGUUUAUAAGGGUGACAACAGGAAAAUGGAAGAUGCUAAGUUCUAUCUGACCCUGCCGGGAACUAAGGUAGAGAUGGAAGAAAAAGAGCUCCAAGCGUCCAAAACCCUGGCCAACUUUACCCCAAGCAAGGACAGCACUAAAGACAGCUUUCAGAUCGCCACCCUCAUUUGCUCCACAAAACUCACCCAGAAUGUUGACCUGUUGGGCCUGUUAAAUUGGCGUUCGAACUCCCAGAACAUUAAACACAACUUAAAGAAGUUAAUGGAAGUGGAUGGAGGCGAGAUUGUUAAGUUUUUGCAAGAUACACUAGAUGCACUAUUUAACAUAAUGAUGGAAAUGUCAGACAAUGAAACCUAUGACUUCCUUGUGUUUGAUGCACUGGUAUUUAUUAUCUCACUGAUAGGAGACAUCAAGUUCCAGCAUUUUAAUCCUGUCCUCGAAACCUACAUCUAUAAGCACUUCAGUGCCACUCUGGCAUACGUGAAACUCUCCAAGGUACUGAACUUCUAUGUGGCUAAUGCAGAUGACUCCAGCAAGACAGAAUUGCUUUUUGCUGCUUUGAAAGCCCUAAAGUACUUGUUUCGAUUCAUCAUCCAAUCUAGAGUACUCUACUUGAGAUUUUAUGGCCAAAGCGAAGAUGGAGAUGAAUUUAAUAAUUCAAUCCGCCAGUUAUUUCUUGCUUUCAAUAUGCUAAUGGACAGGCCCCUGGAGGAAGCUGUCAAGAUCAAGGGGGCAGCUCUGAAGUACCUUCCUAGUAUCAUUAACGACGUCAAACUUGUGUUUGAUCCCGUGGAGCUCAGCGUGCUCUUCUGCAAGUUCAUUCAAAGCAUCCCUGACAACCAGUUAGUUCGCCAGAAACUGAACUGCAUGACCAAGAUAGUGGAGAGCAAUCUUUUCUGGCAGUCCGAGUGCAGAGAGGUGCUGCUGCCGCUGCUGAUUGACCAGCUCAGCGGCCAGUUAGAUGACAACUCCAGCAAGCCAGACCAUGAGGCCAGCUCGCAGCUUCUGAGCAAUAUCCUGGAAGUGCUGGACAGGAAGGAUGUGGGCCCCACGGCGAUGCACAUCCAGCUGAUAAUGGAACGGCUGCUGAGAAGGAUCAACCGGACCGUGAUUGGGAUGAGCCGACAAUCUCCCCAUAUUGGGAGCUUUGUGGCGUGUAUGAUUGCGACCCUGAGGCAGAUGGAUGACAGUCACUACAGCCACUAUAUCAGCACUUUCAAGACCAGACAAGACCUCGUUGACUUCCUCAUGGAGACUUUCAUCAUGUUUAAGGAUCUGAUUGGAAAGAAUGUCUAUGCCAAAGACUGGAUGGUCAUGAAUAUGACCCAGAGCAGAGUUUUCCUCCGUGCGAUAAAUCAGUUUACUGAGGUUCUCACAAAGUUCUUCAUGGAUCAGACAAGCUUUGAACUUCAGCUCUGGAACAAUUACUUCCAUUUGGCAGUAGCAUUUCUCACCCACGAGUCCCUUCAGCUUGAAACCUUCUCUCAAGCCAAGCGCAACAAAAUUGUCAAAAAAUACGGAGACAUGAGAAAGGAAAUCGGCUUCAGAAUCCGGGACAUGUGGUAUAACCUGGGUCCCCACAAAAUCAAAUUUAUCCCCUCCAUGGUGGGUCCAAUUCUAGAGGUCACCCUGACCCCUGAGGUUGAGCUCCGGAAAGCCACCAUCCCCAUUUUCUUUGACAUGAUGCAGUGUGAGUUCAACUUUAGUGGGAACGGCAAUUUCCACAUGUUUGAGAACGAGUUGAUCACAAAGCUGGACCAAGAGGUGGAAGGGGGCAGAGGAGAUGAACAAUACAAGGUCCUUCUGGAAAAACUGCUCCUAGAACAUUGCCGGAAACAUAAAUACCUCUCCACCUCUGGAGAAGUGUUUGCAUUCCUGGUCAGCAGCCUGUUAGAGCACCUGUUGGACUACAGAACCAUUAUCAUGCAUGACGAGAGCAAGGAGAACCGCAUGAGCUGUACUGUGAACGUGCUGAAUUUUUACAAAGAAAAGAAGAGAGAGGACAUAUACAUAAGGUACUUGUACAAGCUGCGGGACUUGCACCGAGACUCUGAAAACUACACAGAAGCCGCCUAUACCCUCCUCCUACAUGCUGAGCUGCUGCAGUGGUCUGAUAAGCCCUGUGUACCCCAUUUGCUUCAGAGGGACAGUUACUAUGUCUAUACCCAGCAAGAGCUUAAAGAGAAGCUGUACCAAGAAAUCAUAUCAUACUUUGACAAAGGCAAAAUGUGGGAGAAGGCCAUCAAACUGAGCAAAGAGUUGGCUGAGACUUAUGAGAGCAAAGUAUUUGACUACGAGGGCCUCGGCAACCUGCUGAAAAAAAGAGCCUCGUUCUAUGAGAACAUCAUUAAAGCAAUGAGGCCUCAGCCUGAAUACUUUGCCGUUGGAUACUACGGUCAGGGCUUUCCUUCUUUCCUCCGGAACAAAAUCUUCAUCUACCGGGGGAAGGAGUAUGAGAGGCGAGAAGACUUCAGCCUGAGGUUGCUGACCCAGUUCCCCAAUGCCGAGAAGAUGACCAGCACCACGCCCCCGGGAGAGGACAUCAAGUCGUCCCCAAAGCAGUACAUGCAGUGUUUCACCGUAAAGCCGGUGAUGAGCCUGCCACCCAGCUACAAGGACAAACCAGUUCCAGAGCAGAUCUUAAACUACUAUAGAGCCAAUGAAGUGCAGCAGUUCAGAUAUUCCAGGCCAUUCCGGAAAGGAGAGAAGGAUCCAGACAAUGAAUUUGCUACCAUGUGGAUCGAAAGGACCACGUAUACAACUGCGUACACCUUUCCUGGGAUUCUCAAGUGGUUUGAAGUCAAACAAAUUUCAACGGAGGAAAUCAGUCCCCUGGAGAAUGCCAUAGAAACCAUGGAACUCACCAAUGAGAAGAUCAGCAACUGUGUCCAGCAGCAUGCCUGGGACCGAGCCCUCUCUGUGCACCCUCUCUCCAUGUUGCUCAGUGGCAUCGUGGACCCGGCUGUCAUGGGGGGCUACUCCAACUACGAAAAGGCUUUUUUUACAGAAAAGUACUUGCAGGAGCAUCCCGAAGACCAGGAGAAGAUUGAGCUGCUAAAACGACUGAUAGCAUUGCAGAUGCCCCUGCUGACAGAGGGGAUCCGCAUCCACGGGGAGAAGCUGACAGAGCAACUAAAGCCGUUGCAUGACCGGUUGUCUUCUUGUUUCCGGGAACUCAAAGAGAAAGUGGAAAAACUCUACGGUGUCAUAACACUGCCACCCACCUUGACUGAGAGGAAGCAAAGCCGCACAGGGUCUCUUGUACUACCCUACAUCAUGUCAUCUACGCUGCGGAGAUUGUCCAUCACCUCAGUGACUUCCUCGGUGAUUUCCACCUCUUCUAACUCAUCCGAUAAUGCUCCUUCCAGACCAGGAUCUGAUGGGUCAAUCCUGGAGCCACUUUUAGAGCGCAGGGCUUCAUCAGGUGCCAGAGUUGAAGAUCUGCCCCUCAAAGAGGACAGUGAGAACCGGAUCAGCAAGUUCAAGAGAAAAGACUGGAGCCUCAGCAAGUCCCAGGUCAUUGCAGAGAAAGUGCCAGAACCUGAUCUGAUGAGCCCAGCCCGAAAAGCGCAAAGACCAAAGAGUCUCCAGUUGUCGGACAAUCGGCUGACGCCAUUUCAUGGUUCUUCACCUCUUCAGUCGACGCCCUUGAGCCCACCUCCACUCACUCCUAAAGCCACCAGGACCCUAAGCUCCCCAUCUUUGCAGACAGAUGGGCUGAUGACUACUACUGUCCCACCUCCCCCUCCCCCCAAAAGCAAGCCCUACGAGAGCAGCCAGAGGAACUCCACGGAGAUUGCCCCUCCACUUCCGGUCCGCAGAGAAGCCAAAGCCCCACCCCCACCACCUCCCAAAGCUCGGAAAUCUGGCUUCCUUUCUUCUGAGCCUGGAUCCCAGUAAGGAUCUUGCCACCCUGUCUCUGGAACUCUGAACACCUUGAACAGCUGAGAAGAUGCCCUGUCCUCAUUCCCCAGGGCCUCUGGCUGACCACCCCACCCCUUCCUGAUCUGGGGUCAGCUGCACCAGCUCAAAACUGGUUGUUCUUUGAAAGGCUUCUCUGAAGGAGGCUGAAGUCCACAUCUCCUCCCACCCACAUGAAUUCCAGAUUUGGUCGGGUCCUCUGUUUCUCAAAGGAGAGAUCUCUCCUCACCGUGAUU